GAUGGGGCGGCGGUGACGCGAUUCUGUCCGCGUUGGAGGGGCCGGGCCGCUGCCGGAGUCGCCGGGGCUGCCGCGUGACGUGGCACAGCCGAAGAUUUAACGCCAGAGCCGGAGCUGCCCCGCCAGUCGUCAAGCAGGUCAUCACCCCGCUAAUUCCUGUCCCAGAGGGGAGCUCCGUCCUACACACCGGCUGGCGAGCCGUCCCUGCGGCCCUCAGCUCCUCUUUCCUCCCUGAGUUUGCCGGGAGCGUGAAAGGCUCGGGGUCGCGCCAAACCCCUUCUGCUCCUGCCCAUCGCAAGUGCCACUACCGCCAUGGGCCUCACCAUCUCCUCCCUCUUCUCCCGUCUUUUCGGGAAGAAGCAGAUGCGCAUUUUGAUGGUUGGGUUGGAUGCUGCUGGCAAGACGACCAUUCUGUAUAAACUGAAGUUAGGAGAGAUAGUCACCACCAUUCCUACCAUUGGUUUUAAUGUGGAAACAGUAGAAUAUAAGAACAUUUGUUUCACAGUAUGGGAUGUUGGUGGUCAAGAUAAAAUUAGGCCUCUCUGGAGGCAUUACUUCCAAAAUACCCAGGGUCUUAUUUUUGUGGUAGAUAGCAAUGAUCGUGAAAGAAUUCAGGAAGGAGCAGAAGAGCUGCAGAAAAUGCUUCAGGAAGAUGAGUUGCGAGAUGCUGUGUUGCUGCUUUUUGCAAACAAACAGGAUUUGCCGAAUGCUAUGGCCAUUAGUGAAAUGACAGAUAAAUUAGGUCUUCAGUCUCUUCGUAACAGAACAUGGUAUGUUCAAGCCACUUGUGCUACACAAGGAACCGGUCUGUAUGAGGGACUUGACUGGCUGUCAAAUGAGCUUUCAAAACGUUAAAUGAGACUGGAUAUCUAACCAAGGACAUGUUUGAUAGAAUUGGUCUAGGCUUGUUACAACAAAAUUAGUUUGCAUCUUGGUUAUUAAACAGUAUGUGGGACUGGUUUGGGCAGAAUAUUACAGCGUUAAAACUUAUUUUGUUGCCAAUUAUUGUUUACCAAGUAUAAUGUUGCCAUUUAGCAAUAUGCUUGGUUUUAAAGAGAUUCUCUUAACUUGGGGGAAAAAAAGUGUCCUCUUUUAAUUUUACUUCCCUUAAGCCUAAAUGCCUGGACAUAGCUAAUGUGACACCUUUAAAUAAAUCCAUUUUGAAUGUUUUUUUGAGCCCACAACAAAUAAUGUUUUAAAGUUAUCCCCUUGCUACUUUACUGAUACCUUUAUCAUUCCUGGGACAGUCUGCUGAUUUAAAAAAUGUAGCAUUCCAUUUGUAUUUAUUUUUCCCCCUUGCCAAAAAAGAUUUUUUAAUACUGCUUGUACCAGCCAGGGACAUGCUCCAAAACACUAUUCAGAUCUUUUGCACUGAGGAACUUAUAUUUCCCUCCCAUUAUUAACUCCUGGCUUCCAUCAGCCAAGCUUACCUUGGUGUGGUUUGGAUUUGAUAGCUAAUUAGUUCUGUGCUAGUUGCAAAGAGUUCAUAUUGAGAUGAUUUUUAAUACUCAGCAGAUUGUCUUCCUUUAUAUUGUAUCUUUUUUAUGUUGCAUGUUGCUUUUGGUAUCAGCCUGACUCUUUUCCCAGUAUAUGAUAGUUCUCCUGAUGUUUUAUUGUUUGUUGGUGAACAUGUCUUCAUUAAGAGUUUUGGAAAACUCAUCAGACUCAAUGAAUAAGUUUUCUUCAUAACCCAUUUGGAAUUAUUCCUAAUAAAAUGAUAAAACAUGUAA